AUGACUGUAUUUGAUGAUGUUCUUGACGGGAGAUUCAGAGACAGACUGAAGAUGGACGAUCAAACCGGAUCUCUGACCAUCAUGAACACCACAAUGAAACAUGAUGGAUUUUACGGAAUUAAGACCAACAAUAUGAGCAAGAGUUUCCUUCUCUCUGUCUAUGAUGAAAUCCCACUGAAGGAGGGAGAAUCAGUCACUCUAAACACUCAUCUUACUCAAAUAAUGGAUGAUGAUCAGAUUCAGUGGAGACUUGGAAACUCUUUAAUCGCUGAAAUCAAUGUAAGAGCUGACAGAUUCACUGAAAAUGAUGAUGUUCUUGACGGGAGAUUCAGAGACAGACUGAAGAUGGACAAUCAAACUGGAUCUCUGACCAUCAUGAACACCACAAUGAAACAUACUGGAGCUUAUCAACUGCAGUUCAACCUUAUGAGCAUGCUUUUCUUCCUCACUGUCUAUGAUGAUAUAUCAGUGAAGGAGGGAGAUUCAGUCACUCUCAACUCUGAUCUUACUCAAAUAAUGGAUGAUGAUGUGAUUGUGUGGAUGUAUAUAAAUGAAAACACCGCCAUACUUUCUCAUAUCAAUAAACGGCUCAACAUCAUGACUACUCUGAACACUGCUGUGGUUUUACUGAAGCUGUGA